ACCGUGGCAAUGUAAUCAAUCAAACUAAUCGCAAUUAAAAUUUGGAUCAAAAAAAUAAUUUUUUUUUUUUAUAAAUAUCAUAUGUUGAAAGAUUAUGGCAUUCAGUUUCAAUGAUUGUCUGUUAUUUGUCAUUGAUUGUCAACCAACCAUGAUGAAUAUAUUGUAUAUGCAAUAUACAUAACAUAACAUGAAUUUGUGUGACUUAUAAAAAAGGUUAAAUUUAGAUAGGUAGAUUAUAAACUAUUAUUAUUAUUAUUAUCAUUCUACAUAAAAAGCAAUAUGAAAUUAUCAUUUUUUUCUUAGUCAAUUUGUGAUACAAAAACAAUUUACCUGUUCAUUUCAUAUCCAGUGUGUAAAAAUAUUUAGACCGAAAAUCAACAAUGAAAAUAACCACUAUUUUGUCGUUUUGUUUUGUAUUACCCAUUUUGAUGGCAAAUGGUUCUGGUUUUGGUGAUUUAUUGAAAAAUAACCAUUUAUUGAAAAAUUUACCAAUUAAUCAAGGCGAGAUAUGUUAUGAAAAUUUUGGAUGUUACAAUGCAUCUGAAAUAGGUUCUGAAUGGCCAAUAACAAAGCUGAUGAGUUUUUAUCCGGAACCACCGGAAAAACAAAACAUUACAUUCUAUGUGUUUUCUUGUAAAAAUCGAUACAAUCCAUCAAUAUUAUCGUAUAAUGUGAAUGAAGAUGAAAUGAAAAAUUUAAAUUAUGAUCGAAACCUACGAACGAUAUUCAUCAUACAUGGAUUCACUGAUUUUUAUGAUCAAUUUAAUUGGAUGGGCAAUCUAAAGGAUGGCAUACUAACUAUGGAACCUUGCCGAUUUAAUGUUAUCACUGUUGAUUGGCGAGGUGGUUCAAUUGUUCAAAAUUAUUUAAAAGCUGUUGCAAACACUCGUUUAGUUGGUUUCGUUGUUGCAUCAAUGAUCAAAAAAUUGAAUAAAGUUUAUGAAACGACCAAUGAUCAUUUCACAGUCAUUGGACAUAGUUUGGGUGGACAAAUUUCUGGUUUUGUUGGAAAAAAUCUACAAACACAUGAAAAAUUACGUCUUAUAAUUGGUUUAGAUCCGGCUGGACCAGCAUUUAGCAAUGUAUCUGAAAAAAGUUGUCUGAAUCCGAAUGAUGCUCAAUUAGUUAUAUCGAUUCAUACCAAUGGUGGGAAAAAUAUUGCCAACGGAUUUGGUAUUCUAAAACCAUCAGGUCAUUAUUCUUUUUACCCGAAUGGUGGCGAGAAUCAAAAUGGGUGUGAACCUGUACGAGGUGUACUCAAUAUAUUGCUUCAUGGUAUAAGAAUUGGAUUGACCGAUACAUUUGCAUGUUCACAUCGGCGAGCUUAUCUAUUGUUUAGCAAUUUUGAAUCAAAAUAUGAUGAUUUUCAGAGUAUAGCAUAUCGUUGUAAUAAUCAUAAUGAUUUCCUUGCCGGUAAAUGUGGUGAAUGUAAUGAAUUGGAUGAUUGUAAACGAUGGGGUGGCUGGUUUGAUUAUUGGCAAGAACAAAAAUUAUCCGAAACUUGGACUGAACCAAUAAAAUAUUUUGUUGAAACACGUGAUAUUGAGCCAUAUUCAUAUUUUCAUUAUCAAAUUAUGAUUAAAACUGCCAAUGGAUUUGAAUCGGUAAAUGCAACGUUGACAAUGAACAUAACUGGAAGUUUAAGAUCAGACUAUUCACCAAAAGCCACAAUAGAAGCAAUAUUUGAACCGAAUAAAAUCUAUACACAUUUAUUUCUUGUGGAAAAAACAAUUGGAAUGAUCCAGUCGAUCAAUAUGAAAAUAUCAUAUGAUGAUGAUGAUGAAUCAGAAACAGAAUCUGAAGAAUCUGCCUUUAUCAUUGUUGAUAAUAUAAAAGUCAAUUAUAUGAAUGGUUAUUCUGAAAGUCAACGUCAACAGUUAUCAUCACAAUUGGCACCAAUGACUGAAAAAGAUUCAAAAAUGUUUGUCAAUACACUUGAAGCUUCUAGAUUUCGAUUAGUAGACAAUUAAAAUGAAUGAAAUGAAAAUAUUACCUUAAAAAAUAGAUUAAAUAAAAUUUUUUCAUUUAUUCCACUAAAAAUAAAACAAUUGAUCUGAUUUUGAUCCUGUCGACAUUGUUUUCUCGAUGAAUCACAAUCAGAAGAAAAAAAAACUUUUCGAAUUCUUUCUUCAAUUCAUUCAAGUGCUGCCAUCUACACGUCAUAUUUCCAUAUUCAAUGCAUUUUGAAUUUGAUAUAAUUUUUACUCAAUUUUUCAACCAUACACAAAA